AGGGGGAAGAAGUCAGGAAGCUGCCUGCCUGUGACAGCCGCACCAAAGAAUAAAAGCACCGUAGUGAGGAAGGAAGGAAGGAAAAGAAAAGAAAGGCCUGACUUGAAGCUCCAACUCGGUAAAUAAAAAUAAACCUCCACCGCCGACAUGUCGAAGAACACCGUGUCCGCCCGCUUCAGGCGAGUGGACGUGGACGAGUACGACGAGAAUAAAUUCGUGGACGAGGAGGACGGAGGAGAAAACCAGCUGGGUCCCGACGAGGCAGAGGUGGACUCCCUCAUCAGACAAGGAAAUCUCAUGGAGGCUUUACAAGCAGUUCUGAAGAACCCACCAAUCAACACAAAGAACCAGAACGUCAAGGACCGUGCUGAGGGUUUGGUGCUGAAGGUGCUCAGUGCCUUUAAGAGCAGUGACAUUGAGAAAGGGGUGCAGUCCCUCGACAAGAACGGCGUGGACCUGCUGAUGAAAUACAUCUACAAAGGCUUCGAGAGGCCGUCAGAAAACAGCAGCGCGGUCCUACUGCAGUGGCACGAAAAGGCUCUGGCAGCUGGAGGAGUGGGCAGCAUCGUCAGGGUACUAACAGCGAGGAAGACGGUCUAAAAGGGGAGCGGAGGAUUCGGCUUCCCUCCACAUCGCUGACAGAUACAGGACGACUGCAUCUGCACUGUACUGUUCAUGUAAUUAACAGAUGGCGUAGGGACUACAAGGAGAAAAAAACAGAUAUUUUUUUCUAACCUUAUGUGAAAUCCUGCUGCGUUCAAGGCUAUACUAAAAAAAGAAAAGAAAAUCUGGGUCACAUCAGGUUAUAAAAAAAAAGGUUUUAUUCUUUCUUCCCAUGCUUGAUCACAGCCUACUAAAUCAUAUUCCUCACAGGGUGCUACAGAUAACUUCACACCCCAUGUGUCUGUGCUGCGUCCCUGAUCUAUUCACAGUACCUCCCUCUCCCCUCCUCCCCUUCUCCCCUUGUCUCCAUGUCAUUCCCGUACAGUAUGCGCUCAUUCUUCACACCAGUUGUUCCCAAUCUAGAGGAGAUCGAUCUUAAGAGAACGCAGAAAACACAUUCUCGCCACACAGAAUUAUGUGUUUAUUUUUUGACAUUUCCCUCUAAUCUUUGCUUUUUUCUCACCUCUCCAUGCCUCUAAAAUCCAGUAGACAUGUGACAAGGAGUUGCAAGCAGACCUCCUUCGUUUCACAAAGUGGCCAAUAAAAGAUUGGGAGCCAUUGUUAGACGCUCGUAUGAACAAACAGAACAGGCAGAAGGUUUCAGCUUUGUUUCUCUCAGGAAAACCUCUCUCUGUGUUUGUUUUCCCACUCAUUCUCUCGUGUUCUCUCCACAGUAGAGACUUCCUGAUGGAAUAAAAGCCUGAUUCUCUGUCAGUAAAUCCUCUCAUUGCCUCUCGAUAUAACACUUUAGCAGCGGGAGUCUCCUGAAAAGCACAGUCACAGAUGGAGGGUGGUGGAUUUGCUCACGGGGGUCGCCAUGCACCCAGAGGAAGGGAGGGGUUAGUGUCAUCCAUCCAUCCAUCCACCCUUCCACGCUGCCUGCUGCCCCAGUUAAGGAUUAUCACCCACGAUGCAUCUCCACCACCACUCUUAUUAAUCCUACUUUACUGCUCCUCACAUCCUGUGUAUGUCUGACUUGUCUGUCUGCUUCUGUACGGGGCAUCAUUAUGUGGCUCUGCUGGUACUGUUUAUAGGAGCUGCAGUCUGUCUGUACUUUCAGGAAAAUGACCCUGAGAAUCAUUUCUCAGAUUGCUUUUUUUGUUUUGUUAUUUUGGUAUUUAACAGAAAGAUAAUCUAGGAUUAAACAUUUUCCUUGUUAUUGUUUUAUAGUAAUGAUUUUUGUCUCAUGGCCAAAUCCCUACUUGAUUGAAAUUCAAAACACAGCUUAAACGAUUUGACGAUAUCAGGAGAGACGAAGAUAAGAUGAUGAACAUUUUAUCUCUCUGGAAAUGGAGAGGGACAUUUUAUGGGAUUUAAAAAUAUAUAUAUAUAUAUCAUUUGCAUGAUCCCACUCUUUAAGUAUUUUCUCAAGCAUUUCAUACAUGUCUUUUGUACAUGUUUGUGAGUCUCUUCUGGAAAAAUUAAGUGAUUUUUUUUUUUGUUUUUGGUAUUGAAUCAAAGUUAUGAUCGUUCAUUCGAACAAAUCCUCCACACAUGGUAUUGUCUGAGAGUUGGAAGUCUUACUGUUACUACCAUUUAAUUUCCAUACAUUUUAUAAAAUGAGGAGGAAAGGUUUUAUCUGCCUUAUCAGGGUAGAUUCUGUCUGUUGCCAAAUGAUUUCUUUUGCUUUCAUGGAAAUAAUGUAGCUGACAUUGAAGAUUUAGUUGCCAUUUUGUGUUAGAGAAGAAUUUUCAACAACAAAGUGGUGGAGUUAUAACUUUAAACUGGAUAAAUGAACAAAAAAUUGCUGUUUUGAAAGUAAGCAGCCUUGCUCCUCAUGUCGACGUAGUGAUAAGGGAAACUCGGUUCCAGCUAAUGUUUUUUGUUCCUGCUCAUUUCCAGUCAAACACUGAGUGGAAUUUCUCAAUGGAUGUCGCUUUUUACUAAAACACACACAGUAUCAUCACAGUUGUGUUUUACUCACGAGUUGUCACCAGUUGAUAUUUAGACAUGGUUUCAUGUUUGAAUACUGUCAUCAGUGAUGAUGCAUCCAGACAUUAGGUUCCUCUUUCUAAUGCAGUAACGUCUAGUUUUACAUGGAAACAAAGAGGAGAACGGUCUGGUUUCUUCUUCUGCUUCAUGUAUUCUAGUCCAGAGAUGCUCUUCUAGCUGAGGCCGAGAAGACGAGGGAGCAUACCAAACUGAUGUUCAAACUGCCUUACUCGAUAUUCCUUUUUUAUGUUUGUGCUUUUUUGACAAAAAAUAAAUAAAAGGUAUGAAUGCUGA